AAUUUGUAGCCAUGUUUAGAAAGUUUAUAAAGUUAAGGAUCUGAUACCAUUGUUAAGUACACUCCAAGUGGGCGCCUCCCCAGUCCGCACUAUCAGAACUACACACACUAACUUAGCCACAUUAAACCUCAGCCGGUCAAUAACUACACACACAAAGAGAAUUAUUGUAACACAGAAUCUUGUCUCCCCGGGGAAUGCGAGGAAAGAAUGAGGGAGAGGAGGACACAGGAAUUCUAUCUAGCUUGUAACGGUAAGUGACGCACACUAGAACACACACAAUAAUGAGCUGGACUUAUCCGACCAUCAUGCCGUCAAAUUUGGGCACAGUGCCAAGUUUUGGUGGCACGUUUCCAAAUCUGGGUAACUUGGCAGGACCCCUGCUCUAUCCAGGGGGCGGUGUGCCGUCAAUGCCGGCUGUGUCAAGUGCACCCAUGCAGUGUUAUUUCAUUGCCGAGGACCAGGCCCCACAAAAUGGGCCGGUCAUAGAGAUAGUCAACAGAAAGACCAAUGUCUCAUUUGAUGUAGACCCAGCUGAAACUAAUGAGGCUAAAAAGCUGAAGUUGGACAUGCAAAGAUCGAUCCAACCCACCCAAGUGGUGCACGUACGGAAUGCCCCGGAGGACAUAUCCGCUCUGGACCUGUGUAUAUUGGCCAUGAAGUUCGGGACUGUCAUCAAUACCCUUAUCAUGCGACAAAAGGGACAGGCAUUCAUAGAAUUUGCGGAGGAAUCUCAGGCAAUAGCGUUCGUGAACUACCACAACUACGUGCCGGCCAUUGUCAGGAACAAGCACGUAUUCAUACAGUUAUCAACGCACAGUCACUUGAAGACAAAUGCUGAGUCCCAGAGUGCCACCCAGGCCGCCCUUAACGCACUGGCUUCUUAUCCGGGAGCACAGACUCCGAACGCCAUGCCCCCUGCAAUCCCCCAGAUAGUCUCCUCCUCCGCCCUCUCCACCGCUCAGAUGUUACCCCUACAAGAGGGUUGUAUUCUCCAUCUCAUCAUCGAGAGAGCCAUCUACAGUGUUACACUCGAUACUCUAUAUCAGAUAUUCUCAAGGUUCGGCCCUGUCGCAAAGAUCGUGACAUUCAACAAGAACUCAGAGUUCCAAGGAUUCGUCCAAUAUGUGGACCAGCUCUCAGCGAUGGCUGCCCUGAACUCACUCAACAACCAGAACGUGUACUCAGGAUGCUGUACCCUCCGACUCUCCGAAACCAAGAUGAAGGACCUGGACGUGAAGAGUAACUCGGACAAGGCCCGGGACUACACCAAGGAACCUCCUCAGUUCAUGAGGAGCACUCCCAGAUUGGGGAUGGACAACAUUCCUAUCUUCAGUCCAAUGCAGACCCCAGGUGCAAUGCAAGGACUCCAGGGACUCCAGGGACUCCAAUACACACAGAUGAUCCAGCCUCAGCUGACCGCCUACCCAUCUUUAGCCGCAGCCUCAAACCCAGUUCAGACGAUCGCUACCACUCCUAGUACAAUCACUACCCCCACCUUGUCGCCACUGAACUAUGAUAAGAUGAUACUGCCUAAUAACUUUAAAUUUAUCACAGCAGCUCAGCUACCUCCACAUCCUCAACUAGGAUACUCCAUCUCUUCCGUCCUCCUCGUCAGUAAUCUAGCCGAAUGUAUUGCCUCGCCCGACGCACUGUUUAUACUAUUUGGAGUAUACGGUGAUGUAAGGAGAGUCAAGAUUCUCUACAAGAAGCCUGAUACUGCUCUGGUACAAAUGCAGGAUCCUAUCUCUGCCCAGCAAGCUCUUCUAUCACUGAAUGGAGUUGUAUGCGGAGAUAAGAAGAUUUACGUUUCCUACUCCAUCUACAUGGAGGUCCAGAUGCCUAAACCAACGGACGAAGCACAAGAUCUCACGAAAGACUUUUCUGAUUCUCCUCUCCACAGAUUUAGGAAACCGAACCAGAAAGUUCGAGAAAACGUUUAUGGACCCAGCCCUUGUCUUCACCUGUCGAAUAUCCCGGCGGAAGUAACGGAAGAAGAGUUGAAGAAGAUGUUUGAGAGUUGCGGAACUAUUGUGAACUUCCGGUUCCUGACCUCAGAACGUCCUGACAAACAGAUGGCACUCCUUGAGUUCACCAACACCAGUUCCGCUAUCUGCGGUCUCGUGCAGUUCCACAACAAGGAGUUCAUCACAGAGGCUGGCAGACAGUACCUGAGAAUAUCAUUUUCGAAAGCUGGCUGUAUUCAGAAGUAGAAACCGGAAGUGCACGCCCACACUUCCAACAUCACCAUGGCAACGCCGCGCAUGCGCAGCAACGAUUUCGUGAUGACGUCACGCUAUCAAGAUAUGACGUCAUUGAUUUGAAGAAAGCUUGCUGUAACCGUAGCCGACCGCUGCGUAGCAACCGCACAUUUGGGGACGAUUACAUUUUAGUUUUAUUGACAUAAUAUUAUUGAUAAUUCGCGUCGAAUCGUCGAUCACGAUGCAGUGAUAUAAAUUAUACCAUAGGUAAAGCUCCACUGGUACUUUAAUUUAAUUAUUAGUUAUAGAAUAGAUGUUUUAUCAAACUUGAGGACUGAAGAGGAAUCAAAAAUGUGCCAGUUGAACUUUGCCCUGCUUCGUGACGAUGAUGUAGCGAUGUUUUACCGUCAGUUUGAUUGGUUUUUUGGCCCGAGAAGCUAGAGAGAUUACUCAGAUAAGUUGAGCCGUGCUGGGCUGCACGUGGACUGCACGUGGACAUCACGUAACAUGUCUGCACGUGUGUUUUAGUGGAAUAAUCCGACAUUUUGUUUCAUGAUGCUUUAAUAUUACUGUGAGAAACAGCGGUCCCAGGACGCCGGAUUGUGUUUACGCACUGAACUUUUACCUGUACCAUGAGAUGCGUUACGUGCGGGCAGAAAGUCUUCAUACCCCGAGAAUUUAUCCCAUCCUGAGACCCUGCUAUAGAAACAGCUAUAGAAACAGAACAUUUGAUAUGUUAUAUACCAUGAUGAUGAUGAUGAUACGUUGAAUUUGUAAAUUUAGGUUUAUUAUAUAUUUGUGUCCAUAUGAUGGUUAAUUUUUCCCGAAAAUUUCGUUGAUGUUUAAUUAUGCUUUGUAACACUAGGUUAUCCGAUAACUUAUCCCAUUGAAAUUUUGUUCCCGUUUCCAUUGUUCGGAACGCGGAAAAUUCAUGCUAGCUUUUAUUAGAAAAUCUUAUCCUUCUCAUUUUGUCAGCUUAAAAUUACUUUCCAAAACAUCACUUUGCUACUUCCAUUAAACACGGUACCUAAGUAUUCAACAGCAAGAUUUAUAUUAUUUCGCCGAGUUAAAUUUGUUGUUUUUCCUGGAAUCAGGCAUUGUUUUCAUGAGGUGCAAUAUUUUGGGCUUAAUGUUUUCCGGGCUAAUCGCAGCAAUUUCAAGGUACAUUACAUCGUUUGUUUUGCAUAUUAAAAUCUCUUGAUCUGAAAAACAGACAAUAAACAGACCUAGACGGUUGAGUUUUAAACUUUAGAAAACUUUUUCUCUCUUCUGAAAACGUUUUUAUCCGAGGGGUUUUGUUUUUGGAACUACAUGAUAAUAUCUACUCGAUAAUAGAGAACUGUAUUUCCUCUAUCUGUGUUUUUAAAAUUUGAGAUGUUUUCUAUCUUCUCUCUGUAUCACAGUGCUUGUCUCUUGUUAUAUUUGACAGAAUAGAUGUACAUUAUGAUUAUAAUAUUGGGUUAUUUUUAGUCAGUUUUUUGUAAUUAUAACCUAGUUUGAUGCUCAAAUUACCAAGAAAUAUUAGCUAGUGAUCGUGUACAUUGUUGUUGAAAGAGGAGCUAUCAUCAACUGAAAUUUCUUUUCUUCACCAAACAUACCGUCGUUGCUUGCAGCCAAAAUUUCAGGGUAGAUUUUGAGAGUCUUUCGCUUGUCAUGUUUUUUCAGAUCUAUGAUGCCAAAGACACUUGAUAAAAUUAAAAGGUAACGUAUUGAAUUUAUCCGAGUUAAAUUUAAAUCCUCCAGCAAAUUUUAAGUAUUAUAUACAUUAAUUAGAUUAUAUAAGUUAACUCUACGGAUCAGUGUUGGGGGAAUUGUUAAUGUUUAAAAGUUUUGAUAAACUUGAGAUGUUGAUGA